UAACUCGCGUUACGUUAGGUGCGUAGUAACGUUGUUACGUCGCUAAAGAGGGCAGGGAAGAAAGGCGCAAAGCGAUUGUGUAUCUACGUGACGCGCACAAUUAGUGUUUACAAAAAUCCUUAUUUUACCGUAAAAAUUGUGCCGUAAACGGUUUGUUGUAGUUUUGAAAGUUAUAACGGAGUAUAUUGUGCAGCCCAAAGCGGAGAACAACGUCCGGACGAACCGCUGACAGACGUCGAAGCGAACGGAACAAACACCGCGGGGAGGACAGACAGACACCAACAUGAGAGGGGGUUCGUCUUACGGCGACAGAGACAGGGACCGUGGAAGAGACAGGUCAGUUUUAGGUCAUAUAUCCAAAGAAACAAAUCUUGAUACAUUUAAUAGUUUUGCAUAAAGUCUAGACAUACCUGAAGGUUUGAUACAGAACCGCUGCAGCAAGUCUUCCUCUAGUAGUAGGCCUGAAAAUAAACACGAAAGCAUUUUCCCAGGGUUUGUUUAAGGUUGACUCAUCCAAAAAUGCACAAACUUCUAAUCUAUAACUUUAUAUCGGUGUAACAUUAAUCCAUGUCAAGAUGGCGCCCUCAUGUUAUCUCUUCCGUCAGUAGCCUGCAGCACAAACAGAUCAAACCCCACAGUUCCUUCAUAUCUGUUAUUUUAUCACAACUGCCCAUUUGAAAGACAUCAAAAAUUUGAUGUGUUUGGAAACUGGGUGUAAAAUUUACAAAUCAACAAGAAUACACCUGAUGAGAAAUGCAACAGUGUCCUCAAACAACUUCACAAUAUUUAUUUAGGGUCACAACAUACUGUCAAUGAUCCAGCAGCCACUUCUUUAAAGGGAUAUUAUGGCGUAAAAUUAAUUUAGGGUCAAACACACCUCAACACCACCAAGUUAGAACCCCCCCCCUCCAGAGAUGAAUGUUGCCGACUAUUUGCUGCUCUAGUUUAACCAACUUUAGUAACGGCCGCAUGAUAGCAAUACACAGCGGUCUAAGGAGCCACACACAAACCUCAACCAAAAAGCCACGCUAUAGCCACAAAUAAGCCACAACACUAGCCUUAAAAAAUCUUUUUAACUUUGUCUAAUUUCUUCAGCAAAGAGACUAAACACAACUCACCUACUCUCUUCCAGCAGCCGUUUAUUUGUAGCGAGACCUCGGUCCAGUCCGUUACGGACUACAGCGGGGUGACACAGCUCAAGGGAGAACAUUUAUGAUCAUUUCUUCGUGGAAAUGCAAUCAGUCCGAGACGCUAAAGCAGAAGAACUACCGCGUCUGCAGUGCAUAGUGAUUAAUAUGGUGAUUAUUACUUCAAGGAAAUGAUAAAGAAAUUAUCAUAAAUGUUCUUCCUUGAGCUGUGACACCCCGCAGUAGUCCGUAAUGGACUGGCCUGAGGUCUCGCUACAAACACGCGGCUGCUGGAAGAGAGUAGGUGAGUAGUGUUUAGUCUCUUUGCUAAAGAAAUCAGGCAAAGCUAAAAAGAUGGUUGAUGAUCUAGUGCUGUGGCUACCACCCUGUAUGUACUGUUGAUGAAGUUAGGUGCUGUUCUGAGCAUUGUUUGUGGCUAUAGAGUGGCGUUUUGGUUGAGGUUUGUGUGUGGUUCCUCAGACCGCUGUGUAUUGCUAUCGUGCGGUCAUUACCUAGAUAGUAGUAUAACUAGAGAAGCAAGCAGUCGGCAACAUUCAUCUCUCAACGGGGUGUCUAUUUACGCUGGAAUAUCCCUUUAACCUCUUGCACCUUUGUAACCCAGGUCACGGUUCGGGAACAUGAGUGGUCGCAGUGGCCCCCCACCGAUGAAGUUUGGAAAUCCAGGCGAGCGUCUGCGUAAGAAGAGGUGGAACCUGGAUGAGCUUCCUAAAUUUGAGAAGAACUUCUAUGCUGAACAUCCAGAACUUCAGCGUAUGAGUCAGGUAAAUCCUCAUAGCAAAUAAUGCUAUUUGUCUGGGUUGCUCAGCUCUCUUCAAGGCCUUAACCUGCUGUUUUUUUUCCCCUGUGUUUUAUCAAAACACAUUUAGUUUGAAGUAGAUGAGUUUCGCAGGAAGAAGGAGAUCACUCUAAGGGGAUCUGGCUGUCCAAAAGCUAUCACUGCUUUUCACCAGGCCCAUUUUCCUCGUAAGUAAACAAUUCAUAUCUCAAACAAUCUCUGGAUAACAUUAGCUGGUAUGUAAACUGGCUUUCCCCUUCAUUUUGCCCUAACACAAACUGAACACAGUCUACAAGUGUCUCUGUUUUGUUGACUGUCUCUUUAAUUCUCUCGACAGAGUAUGUGAUGGAUGUUUUGAUGCAGCAGAACUUUAAAGAACCAACAGCUAUCCAGUCACAGGGUUUCCCUGUCGCCUUGAGUGGCAGGGACUUGGUGGGAAUCGCACAGACUGGCUCUGGAAAGACCCUGGCUGUAAGUCUGUGUAAUACAGUCUUUUUAUAGGAUAUAAGGUGAAAAAAAUUGAAAUAUUUUACCUAAUAGUGAGUGACAUUGUCAAUUUAUUUUCUUCCAUGCAGUAUCUUCUUCCUGCAAUUGUGCAUAUCAACCACCAGCCUUAUCUGGAGAGGGGAGAUGGUCCAAUAGUAAGUUCAUUUUUUUUACACAUAUACUACCAUAAUAUGAGCAUGAAGUCAGAGUGUGAAACCUUGUCUCUCUGUCUCCUUCUGAUAGUGUCUUGUGCUGGCCCCAACCAGAGAGCUGGCUCAGCAGGUGCAGCAGGUUGCGUAUGACUACGGCAAGUCCUCACGGAUCAAAAGCACCUGUGUCUAUGGUGGAGCACCGAAAGGACCACAGAUCCGAGAUCUGGAGAGGGGUGGGUUUUGGAUAUGGAGAGUCCAUUUUUGGUUCAGAUUAUGGUGAUGAUAAUAAUAAUGAACUUAAUUCAUACAAAAACUUUAAAAAGCCUGAGGUUGGUGUACAAACUGGUGUUAAACUAAUAAUAGUGAUAAUAAAAAAUAAUUAUAAUGAUAAGACUGAGACAGGGAAAAAGGAAAGGGGGUCCAAUGGGAGAGCAGAGUGAAGGAGAUUGUCGACUGUGUUGAACCGGUGAUUUUUUUGUAGUUUUGAGACGACGUGUGUCUACUUCUUUUUUUAAUUUGUGUACUGUAAGGAUGCCUGUCCAUAGUCCACGCUUCAAGAAUGUUUUACAAGCUUUACUGGUUGCAGAUCUAGGUUACAUUUUCAGCAUGCCACAAGUGUAACUCUCUCCUGUGAUGUGGAUCAGUUAUGUGUAGCUGUUCACUCUGUUACACAUUCUGCUGACAUUCUAGGAAGAGUCCAUAUAGGGUAACAACACAGCAUAUUUUAGGAGCUUGAGUAAUGUUAAACAGGUGUAGAAGGUCCUCGUUUAGGUCCAGGAGACCCAUGGCAUCACUAGUCUAGCACCAAAAUAUCUGAAGUAUUCAAGUUACACCGCUCAGACACCCUAAAUGGUGACACGAAUGGUUAAGAAAUCCUCCUAACUUUAACUUUAUGCAUGAUUUUUGUGUUCGACCCUAGGUGUUGAGAUCUGUAUCGCCACACCUGGUCGCCUCAUCGACUUCUUGGAAGGUGGGAAAACGAACCUCAAACGCUGCACCUACUUGGUACUCGAUGAGGCCGACCGUAUGCUGGACAUGGGCUUCGAGCCACAGAUUCGCAAAAUCGUCGAACAAAUCAGGGUAGGAGAAACACUCGGAUCACCUGGACUGAUGAUUUGAAAGUGAUCACCUUGACUUAGUCUUCCAUGUGUAUUCUCUCUGUCUUUCAGCCUGACAGACAGACUCUUAUGUGGAGCGCUACCUGGCCUAAGGAGGUUCGGCAGCUCGCUGAGGAUUUCCUGCGAGACUACGUCCAGAUUAAUAUCGGCGCUCUGGAGCUCAGUGCAAAUCACAACAUUCUGCAGAUUGUCGACGUCUGCAUGGAGACUGAAAAAGACCAAAAGUAAGGAAGCUCAGGAGAAAAUGUGUAUGACGAAAACAAAACAAUGUCCUCAUCAGAUUAUAGGAGUCAUGUUUGUACUGCCUGUCUUUAUACAGUGUUUAAUUAAAGCUCAGUGCAGCUGCUGUUUUAUGACCGCCCCCUCUCUGUUUACAGACUGUUCCAGCUGAUGGAGGAGAUAAUGGCUGAAAAAGAAAACAAAACCAUCAUCUUUGUGGAGACGAAGAAGCGCUGUGACGAUCUUACAAGGAGGAUGAGGCGGGACGGGUGAGGAUUUGUCAUCUGUCAUAACUUAACAAAAUGAAAGAAGUGACAGGAAGAAAGAUUCAAGUUUUUUGAUGGACACAAGCUAUUCAGAGUGAUCGUUUACCCCUCCGCUUCUUUGUGUGCUAGAUGGCCGGCCAUGUGUAUCCAUGGAGACAAGAGCCAGCCAGAGAGAGACUGGGUGCUCACUGGUAAGAAUGCCUGGAAUGCAGUGCUGCAACUUUGUAAAAGAUCGUUUUUCUUGACUAAAUCAGAUUUCAGCUGCUGGCCCUGAUGAGACGGUGUUGGAAACACAACUUCUGAUCUGUUUAAUCCAACAGAAUUUCGGAGCGGUAAGGCUCCCAUCUUGAUCGCGACAGAUGUGGCCUCUCGUGGUCUGGGUAUGUCCGCUCACACACACACAGUUUCUACUGCGUAACCUGUCACAUUUUACUGUCCCCUGUGAGUUAUAGUUUACCCUGUAAAUAUAUGAGGUGAGUUAUACACUGACUUGAUCCUAACACAACAUUCGGUGCAGAACUGUCAGUCUGACCAUUAUCAGGUCAUGAGGAUUGUUUUUCAUUGAAACUUUUUCUUAAUGAAGGUUUUUCAAAAUGUCCUUUACUUUUCUAAAACUGCAUGCUUUAAAAACAAACAUUAUUGGGCAAAGAUAGCAAUUUAGGCCCCCCAGGUAGUCCACAUUGCAGUAGUUCCAGGUUCAAAUCCUGGUCCUGACCCUCUGCCGCAUGUUCUCCCCCUCUCUGUCCUCCCCACGUUUCCUGUCUCCUUUCAAUAAAAAGUGAAAAUGUAACUUAUUCAGAGAAAAACAUCACCUGUUAUGUUUACAUAUGAAAGUACUGAAAAGUACCAAAGCCGAUGAAGAAAAAAAAGGUCCACUCUCAUAUCUCCAACCAGAGACUUCUGCCAGGGACUGAAAAUGGUCCAUGUGCCACAGAGAUCAUGAACCUUUUGUAGGAGCUAAGUCGAUACUCUACGCUGCUGAGAUUCUUGACCCAGAGUAACCUUGUUGACACUGAUUUCUUACUCUACCAUGAGUCAUUGAUGAUCAUUUAAAACCCGGAUGCUGUCCCUAAGAUGCAGCGAACAAAAAUUUAUUGUGAUGAACAUCGCCUAGAUCCAUUUUGCAAUUGAUAUGGAGCAACACUGAACAAAGAAAACACAUUUAGCCCCACAUCGAUCAAAAACCUUUUGCCCUUCCAGGUCAAUCACCUGCUCACAACAGUGACACAGCUACCUUUAUCCCUGAGCCCCAGAUAAUAGGACAGCGACACCUAAGGCAUACAAAGUGAACUGCAACUCAUUUUAUGGUAUCACAUCAACAUAUUUGACUCCUACACCCUUUAACCCUUUUUUUCUUCUAGCAUAAUAUUGAAACAGGUGCUGUUAUUGUUUAAUUUCUAUUGGUUCACAGGUACAAAAUACUGUUAUCCUGACAAACCUACUCAGUAACAUUAAAGGACUUUUAAGAUAUGAGUAACUUUAGUCAACACAGAGUUUGAAACUCUCAGAAAGUCCAGUCCAUCAGGAUUUAGUGAUAAAUCAACCAUGCAAAAUAUCUCCAGUUAAGGACCUUCCUCUUAAAUCAUCUACUCGGUCCUGUUUGUAGGCGUUAGGCUUCUGGUCUGCUGGGUUUAUAGUCUGUUUCUUGUUACUGCAGUUUAAAAAGCUUCCUUCAACCGCGGGGCUCUCCGGCAUGCUGCCUUUAAGAAGGUGUUGUGGGGUGGAUGAUCCUGCAGACCUUUACCUUAGUCCCCUUCAAUAGUGUCAGUUCAAGUCAAAAUGAAGAUGCUGCUCACAAUAUCCAUUGGUUUCACUUUUGCAGAUCCCUAUGAGUAGUGACAGCUGCAUUACCCCUGAUCCACCAAGAGGAGUGCUAGGAUCACCAAUUUGAUAUCUGAACUCUUUGGCAGGAGAAAUGUGAGAAGAGGGGAUGAUUGAAAAGCCUUUGACUUGACCGUUUCCUUGUUCUUUUUCCCCUCUUCUCUCUCAGGGUUUGGCAGCACACGGCAGCUGUAACAGUCUGCGCUGUUGUCACUGCCCACUUUGUCACGUUAAGCUCAGUAGAAGCUCAGCUAGUUGCAAAGGGAUUAUGAUCCCUCUUUUGCUACUCGGCUAACUCAGGUCCCCCUGCGCAGUAUUGUUUGUAAAUCCAACGAGCCUUCCUUGGGAGCAGCCUGAGGUGCCUGUUUGUCUGCCCAUCAGUCCGUUCCAAAGAGCAGACAGACAGGGGAGAGAGAGUUAGACGGGCUCGUCUGGAUCCAGUCCUGGCCAGGGUCUGAGGAGGGCCCUGCAAUGCGGCGAGAGCAACAGAACCAGCCGUUGUGUCUAUCUCUUGAGGUUUAAUGGUUCUGCUCCCACCCAACGUUGCUGGACGGGAUGAAUCCUGUCUCCCUCCCCCCUCAGCCCCUCCCUAUAAACCAGGACUGAUAAGGGGGGACCGACUACCUAUGUUAAAACUGCAUGAAGGGGGUAAGUACUUCGCCACCCCUUUCUUUUAACUUCUUCAUUAGCUCUACAUACACUAAGAUACUUACAUCCUGCUCAUGAUCAAGUCAAAAGAAGAGAGAUUUAUGCCAGCUCAUGGUCAUUCAGUGAUUCCCUGGGUGAUGGUGGAUUGACUGGGUGAGGUACUUGUUGAUCAGCAGUGCUGUCAGAGCCCCAAUGUCUCUGUAAUAAGAAACAGACUCUUGCCUUCACACUGUAAAUUCCCGGUGUGAAGAUUAUCAAACCAAAGUAUUUCAGCGUUGUGCUGGCCAGAGAGCAUGACAACCUGAAGUCCAAAUCCAGUUUGUAGAGUUUAAAUGAGUUUUACAGUGGUGAGUUUCUGUAAUGAGUCUUUGGAUAUCAUAUGAAACAGGUAAGUACUCAAGACUUCAUUUAUAUUUUAUAUUUUUCCAUCUUUAAAUACUAUCAACAAACUCCUCGUCCUGCAGCUUUAUCCCUCUCGUGACAUUUCCACUUCUCCUUCUUCUUCCAAAAAGACGUGGAAGACGUCAAGUUUGUCAUCAACUAUGACUAUCCCAACUCCUCGGAGGACUACGUGCAUCGUAUCGGUCGUACUGCACGCAGCACCAACAAGGGCACUGCCUACACCUUCUUCACCCCGGGGAACCUGCGGCAGGCCCGGGAUCUUGUUCGGGUGUUGGCCGAGGCCCGGCAAGCCAUCAAUCCUAAACUGCUUCAGCUGGUGGAGUCAGGACGAGGCGCAGGAGGGGGUGGUGAGGAUUGUAACGUCCAUCAUACCAGGAAACAGACCUGAAGAGAGGUUGACACAGGGCUUGGCACUAACUUUUUUCAGGAGAAGCACACAAAGAACUUUAGGGGCACAACGAAAAUUGAUAAAAUAAUGUUUGUCUUUUUUUGAAAUUAAUUGAAAUAAAUUUUAGGUCAACUGGUCAAAUGACAUGAAAACUAUUGAAGGAAAACAGCCUUUUUUUCGAGAACAUCAACCGGUAAUUUAUUGACGGUCCCUUAUUCAACACCUGACUUUGACAGUGAGGAUGCCGAGUAGAUUUAACCGCGCUGCUGUCACUAUUCCAGUUUAUGACACUGGUAGAUCGGCAGUGAAUGUCCAUCGAAUAUCCAACCUGAAAGUAACUUCACCGCGGUAUUUACAUAAAAAAACAUUUGUUGCCUCGGCUGAUUUUUUUUUUUUAUUCGCACACAUGUCCUUAAAUACAUUUUACAGUUCACACACAUCUACUUUUAGUCGCUAAUGCGAGUGAAACGGUCGCACCGUGGAGCCCUGUGACAUAAGUUUUAGUGUAUGAUUGUGUGUAUAAAGUGCGUUUGUGAUGCGUUGCAGGGGGCAGGAUGCGUUACCGAGGCAGCAGCUCCAACAACCCCAACCUCAUGUACCAGGAUGAGUGCGACCGCCGUAUGCGCUCUGGCGGAGGAGGAGGCGGCGGCGGCAAAGACAGCCGCAGCGGCUUUAAUCGUGACAGCCGCAACAGCCGUGACGGAGACCGCUCCUCCUCCUCUUCUUCGUACAGGGACAGAAGCCGGGAUCAGAGGGAGACCUACAACUCCGGCUCAGACCAGUACCAGAGCUACAGCAGCAGCGGGGGCUACAACUCCCGCAGCGCAGGCCAGUCUAGCGGAGGAGGGGGUCGGGAUCAGUCUAAUCAGCUGCAGGGUCCAUUCGUCCAGCCCCCUCCACCUCCUCCUCCACCAUCAGGGGGGCCGCAGCCUCUGAUGGCUCAGCAGUUUGCUCCACCACAGCCACCUUUAAUGGGCUUCAUGGGGCAAGCACCUUAUGUAUUUUCCUCUCCGCCGCCUCCUCCCGGACCUCCACCUCCCCGUAAAUAAAAUGAUAAGACAGGAGCACUAAGAUCAUUUGUACUUUAUUUUUACUUAUCAACUCUUUUCCUCCCCAAGAAACGGGGGUAGCAGAGGGUGUAUAUCCAGAGCGAUAAGGGCUCAGUUUGUUUUGUACUUUUCUUACACCCCGUAUAAGUGGAUUAAACUUUCAUGUAGAAAAGAAAACCUAGAAUUUACUCAUUAUUAUUUUUUCAUUGAUUGACUGUCGCUCUGCGUUGAGCAGUCACUCUACAAUCUCGUGUGGAGGAAUGAGUUCAUAUCGAUAAAACAUUACCGUUCAAGUGUUGUUCGUCAGGAUUUGGUCAGAAUGAAAAUCGACUCACGAUGAGGCCUCUGUGGUACAUUAGAGGAUGCUGAUCAUGCAAAAACUGUUAAACUAUAAAGUUACCGUCACAUUCCAGAGCCGAGUCUCACCUUAACUUUAUCAAACACCAAAUGACUUAUCUUUGACCCCGAUUCUUUUAUCCAAACUUAACUUUUCACUAACUUUGUAUUAUAGUUAUCGCAUUUAUUUUAAUUUGGUGUCGACAAACACUUACAAAUGCAUCCUAGCUUUAAAAGAUAUUCCUUUAACUUUGAAAUCAUUCAAACUAAAGUUUGACCGUUUUUGUUCUAAACUCCGCCUUCAGCCCUUUUUGUAAUGCAUGUCUCUAGUUCUUCCUGUCUUUUUACACACUUGUAGCAGCUUUACUCAGUUAUCAUGAGAGUCAUUUUCAUCAGAAUUGUUAGCUAAUCGCAGUUUGUUGCUCGUUUUCCUCUUCUGUCAUUGUCUUAUUUUUAUAAAUGUUUUCUUGAAAAAAUAAAUUGAUCAAAACUGGAUGAACCACUUUGA